UUAGAGUUUAGUGUGCUACGAAAUUGCAGAAACACUUCGGAAUGUUCGAGGACGCUACAUGUUGUGAACAAGCAGGCAGGGAGAACUGAAACAUGAGGACAAGAGCUACCAUUGAUCCACUUGUAUAAUGCUGUGAUCAGAUCAGAUGGUUAAGCAUGUCUCGGGACCUAGUCUGGAGGUGAGGCAGAGUCAACUAGCUGUUCAUUCUUCCACCGGCAACUUGCAUGUUAAUUAAUGGAUCACACGAUCUGAAUCUGAUACUAAACCCGAUGGCCCUUCACCCGUGCAGGUCAGUUUGCCACCCACAGUGCAGACAUGACAGCCUCCUCGACUAGCGAUGCCUCUUGGGUUGAGUGGCUUCUGUUGCAGCUAACCACGAUUACACAUGAGAAUGAUUCUUGUUGUCUGCUGGUUUAGCUGCGCAGUUGCUUCGACCUCAUUUGCUAUAUAAACAGGGAAGCCAAAGCUGGGAAGACACAAUUGCAGCAGCUUCACUUCUCUUUCAUUACAUUUCAAACAUGGCCUGCCACCUGAGAUCCGCGAGUGUGCCCUCAAGCCCUCGCUCCAACCAAACCGAUGUUGAAGAGCAGCUCCAGAGCCUGAAGGCAACCAUCUCGUCGCCCUCUUCGACCAUCGAAACCAUAGUUGAUGGUCUAUCCAAGCUCGGGAGCAUCUACAGCUGCAUCGAUGAGCUCAUAUGCUUUCCCAGCAGCCAGCGUCAGCAGAGGAAGGCAGUGGAGGAAGAGCUUGAGUGCUCUCUCAUCUUGCUUGACCUCUGUAGUGCCAUGCAAGAGAGCUUUGCGGAGCUCAGGGCGAGCGUCCAAGAGAUGCAAUUGGCUCUCAAGAGAGGAGACGAUGUGGCUGUUCAGGCCAAGGCUAAGUCUUAUGCCCGCUUGGCCAAGAAGGCGCAGAAGCAUGUCAAGAAGAUCAACAACAAGGUUGCUCUUGACACUGAAAGCUGCAGGGUGGUCAAGCUGUUGUCUGAAGCAAGAGAGAUCGCCCUAUCAAUGCUGGAAUCGACACUGCACCUCCUGUCAAAGGAGAUCAUGAUGCCGAGUGCUGGCAAGUGGUCUCUUGUCUCCAAGGCAUUCCAGAAGAAGAGAGUUACAUGCGAGGAGGAGCAAUUGCAGGUGUUGGAGUUGGAGAUUGUUGAUCUUGAGAGUGAAGUUCAGAUUGUCUUUAGGAGACUGAUCCAAUGCAGGGUCUCCCUUCUGAACACUCUUAGCCUGUAGAAAGAUCAUACACUAACCAACUCUGAUUCCCUGUGAUUAGCAUCCGCCUUUUAGAGGAUUGGCUGAUCAUCGAAACAAUUUUGAUGUAUAUAUGAGACAAAGUGUAUAGAAAAAUACUCAAUGAAAGAGCAAA